AGAGAGCAAAGAAAAACACCAUUACAUCGCCAGUUCUAAAGGCAUCACGCGGACCGCGCACUGCAGGAGUUCUUCGCCUCAAAGACGGAUCCAAGCCAGCCAAGAAUAUAAGAAAUACAACGAAGCGAAGCAACGAUGUUGUUGAGAGCAACGUUAGCGGAAAACGAAGUCCACACACUAAAGGAACAGCUCGAUUCGAUCAAGUGUCAGAAGGGCGUAAAGGAGAGCAACAAUAACAAUAAUAACAACAACAACAACAUCAAUAGCACAAACUCCAACCAUAAUAUAAACAAAAGCACAAACACAGAAUCCAACAAUGACGUAGUGGACUCCUCGGAAGGGAGCACAGAGCGGACGGGGAGGAGCACACCUGUCGAGGAUAUUAUUCAGUCCAAAGAGAAAGAGGUUCGAGGAGCUUCAUCCUCAAGUUCGGCAUCGGCUCUAUCGCUAAUGGAAGCUGCGGAAGUGUCCAAGCUCGUGGAGGAUAUCUCCCGCCUCCAAGCCGCGCUCUCCGGCGUCAAGGAAGCCACAGCUGCCCAGAUGCACGCUAUGGAAGAACAGCUGGAGGAGAAGAACAGACUCAUCCAGCGCCUGGAACUCAAGCUUCAGGACUCCAGCCUCGACGAAGCCAAGAGAGAUCUACAGUGAGUAUUCCCUUUGGUCUU